UGGAGGGAGCCGUCGUCUUUUUAACGUCAACGUUUCUCGACAGGACUGAGCACAUCAUUUGGGAUAGAGGGGAAACGUGGGACGGAAAGUGACAACCCUCUUUUUAUAACGCGGCACAGACUCAAAUCAGGUGUUCAAUUACUAGCGCUUCAGAAACGAGCCACUCUGCAAAGGUUAUCUGGAGGAUACCUCUUGAACCUUUAGAAGUGCACACAGUCAACCAAGAGCAAGAAGUCUAAGAUGCCAGCACCAGCAUCAUCACAGGAAUAUGUGCCCCCAGAUGGUGGUUGGGGCUGGGCAGUGGUCAUAGGAGCUUUUGUCUCAAUUGGAUUUUCUUAUGCAUUUCCUAAAGCCAUAACUGUGUUCUUCAAGGAGAUUCAGGAGAUCUUUGACACCUCAUACAGUCAGAUUGCAUGGAUCUCUUCAACAACAUUGGCUGUUAUGUACGCUGGAGGACCCGUGAGCAGCAUCUUAGUAAACAAGUAUGGAUCACGUCCAGUGAUGAUGUUUGGAGGUUUGCUAUGUUCAAUUGGAAUGAUAUCUGCUUCAUAUUGCAACAGUAUCCUUGGACUCUUUAUGUGUGUAGGCUGCAUUGGAGGCCUAGGAUUGGCAUUCAACCUUCAACCAGCUUUAACAAUGAUUGGAAAGUACUUUUACAAGAAGCGCCCCAUUGCCAAUGGGCUGGCAAUGGCUGGUAGCCCAGUGUUCCUGAGCACCUUGGCACCUCUGAAUCAGUAUUUAGUUAAUGUCUUUGGUUGGCGAGGCAGUUUCUUCAUCCUCGGAGCAAUCCUGUUGAACUGCUGUGUGGCAGGAUCCUUGAUGAGGCCACUACAACCCAAAAAGACCACCGAUAUAAAAGAUGCACAGUUUUCCACUCUAAAGAAAGAAGAUGGCAAGGAUUUGGGGGAUGGUCUGUCACAGAAAAAGAAGAAGAAAUCAAGCUUCUUUGCCAUAAUUAAUAAUUAUCUGGAUCUCACCCUCUUCAAACAUCGGGGAUUUCUGAUCUACUUGUCAGGAAAUGUCAUUAUGUUUUUUGGAUUCUUUGCUCCAAUUGUUUUCUUGGCUUCUUAUGCCAAGCACAUGGGCAUAGAUGAGUAUUCUGCAGCAUUCCUGCUUUCCAUCCUCGCUUUUGUAGAUAUGUUUGCAAGACCCAGCAUGGGCCUGCUUGCAAACUCCAAAUGGGUGAGGCCGAAGAUCCAAUAUUUCUUCAGCUUUGCUGUCUUCUACAAUGGCUUCUGCCAUGUCAUGUGCUCAUUGGCGAAUGACUUUACAGGCCUAGUUGUCUAUACCAUCUUCUUUGGCUUUGCCUUUGGAAUGGUGAGUGCUGUUCUCUUCGAAACGUUGAUGGACCUAGUUGGUGCUAAAAGGUUCUCAAGCGCAGUAGGACUCGUCACUGUUGUAGAGUGUUGUCCAGUACUUCUGGGGCCACCACUGGCAGGAUGGCUGGUAGAUAUAACUCAUGACUACAAGUACAUGUACCUAGUGUGUGGAAGCAUUGUGAUCGUAGCGAGCGUCUUUUUAUUCAUUGCAAAUGCCAUCAACUACCGGCUUUUGGAGAAGGAGAAGAAGAUGGAGGAGGAAAAGACAAAGCCUCCAAUCGAUGAUGCAGAACUCAAUGAUAUCUGUGAUAAUGGCACUGAUGAUAUUGAAAUUAAUCCCCAGAUGUUAAUGGGAAUGUCUUCUGAGAAGGAAACUAAUAUUUAACACGACCCGAUGUUGUGCGUAUGCACUUGGAUAUGAGUGUCAAAAUUUUCAUUUCACUUCAGAAGGUGGGCAUGUCAACAACGGGUAGGUAUUUUCUGCUGCAUAAACACUUCAUUGAACCUGUCGUCCCUUUGAAGCCUCACAUUUUACCCAAGCUUAAAGUCCUUUAGGGGGCAUCACAGAUGAUUCUGCUGCUGCCCUGCACUGUUAAUGAAAUAUGCCUCAUUUAUCGAGGCACGAAGGUUUGAUGCAUUUCUAAGGAUUAAACUGGAGGGAGACAAAUCUCCAUCAACCCAUUCCGUCCAAAUGCUCACCUUUAUAAGCUGCCACUGUGCAGCUAUUUUGAACCCUUAUCGUAAUUGUUGCUGCUAAGCAAUUUUAAUAGUACAGCAACUCAGCAAAAUAAAUGGACCCAGUAGUAUGUUCCCUAUUGAAUUCAAUUUAAUGUUACUAUGCACUAUAUAUUUUAAAAAAUUUAUAACCGGUCUAUGAUGUCUGUGCUGGGAACGGCAUAAAUUAAAAUGUUCAAACUCUGUAGAGGUGCAGAGUCAGACUGCAAGCAAAAGAAUCAGUAGUGUCUGGUUCAUUCAGAAGAGGGCAGUAGAUUAAGAAUAAUUGACGAUAUUCUCCUGUUCCGCCCCAUACAAAAGAUGACCCUUCCUAAUCAAAUCUCUAUGGACUUGAAACCAACCUUUCAUUAAGUUUGACUUUCAAGAAAGCUAAUGUUCUUUUGUUUUGCGAUUAGAUAGAUUAAAGUCUAGUAAAUGAAAUAAAUUGAGCUCUGCCACUCAAAAAGAUUUUAACCAGAUACAAGAAAGAGCUUGAGGGACAAAGGCCGUUAAGCCUAGAUUUUCUAAUCAAUGUUGUUUUAACACUGGUGAUAACCUCUUUAAUUUUAAAAUAAUACCAAUCAGAAAAUCUAAGCUCGAGUCUUCAUCUGAAAAUGAAAUCGAUGUUGAAAUACUCUAGAGUUUAAGGCUCUGAAGUGAAAUGAAUUUUGACCAAUUCUUAAUGACAGUCAGCUCACAGCACCACACUGCCUGAUAUUUUAGCAUCAAUUGAUGCAAUGUCAAACUUUGUCUGAUAAUUGCUCCUGUGAAGUGCCUUAAGGCAUUUUUCUACACUAAAGGGGCAAAAUAAAUGCAAGUUGUUGGUGCUAUAAAUUGGCAAACUCACUCCUAAGCCACAGGUUAGCUAAUAUUAAAUGGAUAAAUAGCAUUAGCCCAGACUUCUGAGAGUGCAGGGAUAUUUUAUCUGGGCAAUAACUGCACCCUUUUUGACCUGAAGGUGCUCAGCGAAGACACUGGGCGCCUAAAUACUAAAAUGUUCCAUUAUGUCAUGUCCAAAGCUUCUCUUUACCAUCAACAUAUAAGUCACAAAAGAAAAGCCUUAGCAUUUUCUUAAAGACUUUUGUGUAACUAUCCUACUAAACUGGAUUGAUGCCAUUAGAUCUGAUUUUAACUAAAGUUUGUAGGAUGCAGUCUAAAUACUUCUUGUUAUGGUAUUUCAAGACACCAAACAGAAUUUUGUGAUGGAACAGUUUUUAUUUUCUAACAAAUACCUGUUAUGUAAUAAGGUUCACAUUUUAACCGGUGUAACAGUGAGGCCUCAGUACAGAGUAAACACAGCUCAUAUCAUGUUGAUGUAAAAAAUUGCAACAGAGCAUCCAACUGCAACUCUCACUUCCUGUCCUCUGUUAGGGAGUGUCUGUAUGUUGCCGAACCUCUUCAUACAGCAAUACAGCUGGGAAUGAUCACUAGCAACUUGGUGAUAACUGGGCGUGGUCUCAAUCUACUGCGUCAUUGCUGACUCGAGUUAAUGUAAUCUUAUACAUUGAUCUCACUGACAGUGCGACUAGAUGGAAUAAUUCCUAAAUUUAGCACUACCUCUUGCCUUCUGUAGUAAGAUUUCACCUAGUAACCAGGGUAAUUCUCAAAGUACCUACAGUAUUUGAUGUGAAAAUACUGACAAUCUUGUGCAGUUUCUAUCGGAAUAUUAAGACACACACUGUACGAGGUAACUCAAAGCUGACAUACUGGACAGGAAACUGGAAGUUUAGUUUCUGCAGGACACCUUAAGGGCUUCCAAAAUCAUGUGAGCUGUAAAAAGCAGCUUUGCACUUGGAUUCUGUCAGUUCUUCAUUCAGCUAGUUGGCUCACAAUUAUCUGCAGUUUGAUUUAGCAGACACGAGGAUGGAGCGUUCAAUACACUGUUUGUUAUGAAGCAAAUGUGCUGGAGUAAUGCCAGAUACCAGAUUUAUUUUGCCACUUUCAACAUGUUUUUUUCAGAUACAGGCAGUGUAUUAUAAUUUUAAGGUAUGAUGGAAAUAGAAAGAAAGUUGACAACCUGGUCAUCAUCUACUGGUGACUACUAUUACAGCCCAAAGCAUCUUCUUUGAAAUAUUGUGGCUCAUGACCCUUGAUGCUGUACUUGGGCAAUGCCAUUCGCUCAAAGAAAGAAGUAAUUUCUGGAGGUAAGUUGAGCCAACAGCAGUCAUUUAGAGUAAAGAAGCGUUGCUGCUCAUUGAAGUCCGAAGUGUCCUCUACUCUCCAGUAAAUGAUAGCAACCAGCUUGUUGAGGAGAGGGAGUUAUGAAGGACAUUGUGGAGAAGGAUGACUUCCUGUUAGAUGGUGCUUGUGACUUUAAGCCUUGCUGUCUCACAAAUGGGCAUUAAUUUUAAUUCUCCCUCUGCCUCUGAUGAGCUUUCUCUAAUGCAGGAUUUUGAAGACUGAAGGUUGGAGCUUAUUGACCAAAUUCAGUGGCCAUUUGGAGAAGAGAUAAGACGUAGCUGUCACAUAUCCUUAGAAAUCUUCACUGUGACAAAUUGGUUAUGUAGCAACUUUUUAAACCCAGUAAGGUAAAGUCACCAUAACCCUAGCAGACUGUAGCACUACUCUGUCAUUAAUGAGAGAUAACUGGUGGUGAGUUUAACUGAAGGCUCACUAGAUCUCAGAAAAGGACAAGAUGGAGAAAGUUGGACCUUCAUGGUCACCUUGGCUGCUAUGGGAACUGAACCCGUGCUGUUGGUGUCACUGUACAUUGCAAACCAGCCAUCCUGCCACUGAGCUAACCUGCUCCACUUAAGCUCAACAACUGUCACAUAUCUUAAGUAUUUCCAGUAUUAGAAAUGUGUAUUAUCGAUAGGCCUAUAUGGUAACUUCUUUUGCAGACACUUCUUGAAACUUACAAAUCAAUAGGCUACAAUGCAUGAAGCUCAGUGUUUGAGAAGUAACGUCUGUGGACUUUAAAGCAACUUCGGUUCAGAGCUGAUGUUCCUUUCUAGAAUGAAAUAAAGACAGUGUAAGAUCAGGAGUAAAAUAUCUUUUCCUCCACCUUUGUCAAUAAUUGAGACGAAUGUUGGGUUUAAUAUAAGCAGAGCCAAGUAUGAUUGGUUAAGUUUAAUGUUUGAUCUGUUAAUCCCAAAUAGAACUUGAGACGCAGCGAAUACACUGAUGUCAAAAGUUGAAAUAAAAUGUCACAAGUCUUCAUUGGCUAGCAACUCAAACAGAAUUGCACUAAAGUGAUGCAUAACGAUGAAGUUGCUAUAUAAUAGCUAUUCCAAAAGCACAAAUUAUAAUGCAAGUACUCUCUUAACAUCCAUGUGAGUCUGAUCAUUUUAAUUGUUGGAAGGUGCAAAACAUACCUGUCACUUUCUAACAAACUGAUACUCGGAUUUGAGCAGGCAUUGUCCUUUCAGACAGAGCAUGUAAAAUCUUUGCUUUCUCGGACCCUACGUGAGGGCUGGCAUGUGAUCAAUUUGGCAUUCCUAUAAUGGAGAAAGUAAGCUGGAUCCCAUCCCAUUACAUUCUUGGCACAUCACAGACUUCAACAGUGGUGUCCUGACAAAUCAGACGCUAAAAAUGUACGGCUCAUUAAGACCAUUGGUGAAAGCCUGUUCUUCAGGGCAUCCAACAUCAAGAACACAAUGAUUACUUCUUGUAGGAGGUGUGAGCAGGAGAAAGGGGGCGAUCAGGAAGCAAGGAUAGAGAAGUGACUUUUAAAGGCUACUGCCGUGCACUCCCUUUCCCUUCCUCAUCACUACUGUGGUUGACUCUUAACUGCCCUCUGGACAAUUAGGAAUGGGCAAUAAAUGCUGCCUAGCCAGUGAUGCCCUCAUCCCAUGAAUGAAUAAAGAAAACAAAAUUGCCACGAGAUUGAAGCAUCCAGAGACCCCUCUCAACCAUAUUUGCACCACUCCACCGCAACCCCUGGGUUAUCAGUCGAGAGACCUGCCAGGGAGAAAGGUACUUGAUAAUAGUUGCUUGAGGCCCUUGAGUGGCCAAAAGCUGACCACUUAAAGGGUCUUAAUUGCUGGCAAGUUGACAAACUCCCUAAUGGAUCUUUUCGCCCAGCUCUUACUUGAUUAGAUAGCGAGAAAUAGGGCAGUACCUCUCAAAGGUCAAUUAUCUUCCCAUUUGUCACCUCUCUCACCAUCUGCAGGGGGGGCAUGAAUUGUGCCCUCAAUGUGCAAUUUAUUGUCAUCUCGAUGAUAAAGUGCAGAGGUUGCACAGUGCAUCUGGCGUGCAUUAUUUAGUCCACUUCAACAGUAUUUUUGAUUGUUAUCUGCCCUGUCUGUUUACACUCGAAGUAAGGCCUAGAAAAUGAGAUCAAAAUGACCAAAAGCAGAUCAGAGAAGGCCGACUCUGCCAAAAUGUAUUUCUAUUUUCUGAAAAGUAAAUCAUUACUGCAUUAACAUCAAAUGAAAACGAAGGUCGCUGCAGCGAGUGUCUGAUUGUUACUGGAUCAAUUGGUUAUGCCACAGAGAGGGGUGAAUUAAUUUCCUUCUGUGCAUGUGAAGAUGUUGAGAAUGGAUGAGAAGGCACUUAUCAGAGGCUGGGAAGCCCACUGCGAGAGUUAGUGUUCGAAACAGAGACCAUCAUGUCAACGUUUAGAAAUGGAUUUAUUUGACGGUUGCAGGAAGAGUGAAUAAAAGAGACUGGAGGCAGGAAGGACACAUCAGCUAAGGAUGACUGGGCAUGUGUAGGAUAAAUACCAAUGUGACCUGGUUUGACCUCAUUUGUUUCUUGUGAUUUCUAAAGGUGGUUCAAGGUAUCCUUGUCUUUCAUACUUUGGUAGUCAAUUUAGAGAACCACUGGUCUCAAAGGAGUGACUCAGGCUUUCCAACUAACAAAAGGGAAAGUGAUUUCUUUCUGAACAACCUCAAUAUUAGCUUGCUCCAUGCCGUCACAAGGAAUUACCAGCUUCUCAGGAUGCUUAAGAAUUAGCAAUAAAUGCAGCCUUGCCAGCAACUCCCACUUCCCAAGAACAAUUCCUCUGUGAGUGAAUUACUUUGAGCACAGUACUGGAGCUGUAAUUAGUUUUUCACACCAAUAGCACCUUAAAUCUUAACAUCCACCUACAGACCCAUGCCUGUGAGGAGGAUAACAGAGCCCUGUAUCUCUGUGCACAGCUACAGGGCUGAAUUAUUGUACAUAGUGAGUUGGGAGAGACAAUUUGUUCAAUAACCAGCGUUCCAACCAAUAACAUGAGCUGUGUUUAUGAAAAUACUGAUAUUCUGUGCUUUCCUUCCGAGAAAAUGAAAAGCUGCUGUAAAACAAUCUUUGUAAAUAUCAGGGUGUGGCUCAGAGAAGUUAUUGUAAUGUAUGUAAUAUCUUCUUCCAGUGUGUGUGUGUGUGUGUGUGUGUGUGUGUGUGUGUGUGUGUGUGUGUGUGUGUGUGUGUGUGUGUGUGUGUACACAUUGGGUUAAACUACAAAAUUAUUGUGCCCAUUCUUAUUUAAACAUAAUAAUGCAUCUUCUUUAUGAGCCCAAUGUUUUUAUUCAACCAGUUUCAUAAAAUUCUUUGUACAAAAUUCUUUGAUCCUACCUCCCUAAGACAACUCUUUCGAAGUUGUUAAAAUUCUGUGAUUAGUGUCAGGAGGCUUGUAGAAUUAGUGUAUGAAUUUAUCACAGAUUCCAUUGUUGCACACUUGAGUUUAAGUUCUUCCUGCACAGAAGAAGUUUGUUUUGAGAGUAGCUUAACUUUAAGGAGUUCAAAGAAUUGGAAUUCUUCUGGCUGUCAUGUAAUAACUUACAACAGCAACAAUCUCUUUAUAGCUAUCUGGUCACUCAGGGCUCAACUCAGGUUGAAGUGAGGCUCAGACCACAAAUCAAAUGGCGUAAUAACUGGAUGCAGAUGACUGAGGUCCAACUAUAGGAAUCCCAAAUCAGGAUAAAUUGGGAGUCCCUUGAGGAUAAAAAUGUGUAAAUUCACAGCGUUAAAUUAUGCUUAUGAAUUCCUUCGGGGGCAUAUGAAGGUGUUAUGAAUGUUGUAGAUGGUCAUGCUAGACUCAGAUUAGUGUUUAUUUCCACUGUCAAGCUAACACAUGAGAAAGUAAGGGGUUUUGCUGCUUCUGUUCUUGAGAAUAUUGGAUCUUGGUACUGGGGCCCAAUGUUGGAGAAGUAAUUCAAUUCUGAUGAAGAGUGACCUAGACUGGAAAUAUUAGCUUGCUCUCUUUCUAGAAUACUUCCUGAUCCACCAUGAUUUUCAGCAUUUUUUACUUUUAGUACAGAAUCCAGCAUUUUCCCCUAUAAUUCCCAGUAUCAUUGUCCCUCAUCCUGUUAUCACAUGAACAAGAUAGAACAAAUAUUGAUGGCACUUCAUUGACUUAGCCUGUACAUUUCAUUAAUUCUACCAAUUGAGAAGCCAGCAUUAAAGAUUUGGAGUUAAUUGCAAGAUAUUGAAUAGAUUUGUGCACUUUUCAAAGAGAAUGGAAUAUCUAGCACUGGAAGGCUAUUUUUAUUUAUUUAGAAGUAUUGAUACGAAUAUUUAGUUUAAGUACGUUCAUAAAAUUAUUCUACUGUAACAAAUUUCUAGCAACAGUUCUUGUGACAAAUUGAAGCCUGACAUUGUAAUUGUUGUUUUGCAUGGGUGGAUUCAAUGCAGUACUCGGUGCUUCAAAUAGAUUCACAAUUUUUCUUUUUUUUAAUUAUGGCACAGCAAAUAUGACACUCUGAAACUUUCAUUUCUUUUAGCUAUAUCAGGAAGGUAUGCGUCAUGAACAGUAUCGAUAAACCCAGAAGUCAUUCUUGUCCCUCGUAUUUUUAUUGAUAUAUCUAUUAAUAGUUUGUAAAGACUAAAUUAAUGUUUAAAAUUUCUUCCACUCCUUUUUACUCUAAAUGCAAUAAUUUGAUGGUGUAGCACUAUGAAUUGGUUGCUAACAACUGUACUCACAUUAAAUGUGGCAAAGCCACUGUCAAAUAUAAAUUGAAACUCACGCAUCUGUAGUUAAAACUGCACUUGUUGGUAUUUACAUAACAACCGUUUCUUGUGGGACCAGUCUUGUUUAUACUUUUGUAGCAAAUAGCCUACAAACAAGAAAGAAUUAACAAAGACCUUUUGAGUCAAAUAGAGAGUACUUCCUAUGGGGGUUGUCACGUUCACUGCUAUCAUUUCAGAAGCCUGGUGAGAACCCCAUGAGAGACAGUGUAAAUUCUAUUUACACCAUUCCUCUGGGAUCUCAACCACUUUCUGCCGAAUCUAGUAGAGGAUGCUGGGAACCUCCCCCACCCCUCCAACUGCAAAUUUUAUCCAAGGUCUGUCACUUGUGGCAGUAGCAGGGAAACAAUCGGAAAGCCUGGUCUUCUUGAAUGAAUUGAUCUUGAUGCUUCCAUGCAGAAAGGAGAAUGACACAAGUCUUGUCUGCAAUCCACCUUUCUAUCUAGCGUCAGUCUUUCUGCUGGGACUAGGAAUGUUGUGACAUAUAUUGAUUUGUGAAAGCUAGCCGUGAACUCAUAUUUGUUUUAUUGAUUAGUCCAGGUACCUAAGCUUUAAUAGGAAUGCUUAAGAGCUGGAUGUCCCAUGUGUGUUACCAGGUCUCUAAUGACGACACUCAAAGUAAAUCUCUGUUAACUUGUGUACGUUUUGAUAUUGGAAGGAUAUGUUUCUGACUUCCUGUUGCCAGCGGUCAGUGUUAGAAAUUGAGCUAAUGUUUUGGACAGAACAUUGUGUGGGCCACAGUUUUAAGAUCGUUGCCCAAUGGGGAGCUGUUGAGGAAUCUAGAGGAAGGGGCCACGGUAAAGUUUAAAGUCACCAUAUUCCAACCAGACAAGAGGGAUGCUCUUUCAUUAAAGAGAACAACCGGUGCUGGUUUAACCAUGCCUCAGGUGAGGGAGAGGUUGCGAAGGAAAACAGGGAAAAUGGAACACAACUGAUUUAGAACAAGAGGCCUGAGAAACCACUUUGUGCAGAUGAGAUUGAAGGCUGUGAGACAAACUGCCAAGCAUAUUGGUCAAGCCAUAAACUAUAAUAUUCAUUCACAAUCAGACUGAUGGCUGAAAACAAAAGGGACAGAAGGAAUGUUGUAAAGGGGUAUACAAAUGCUGUCAGUUAAGACCCAGUUUAGCAUGGCUGGUUUCUGAGUUGGAACUUUUGUGUUUUUAAGGUAUUCGCUGUUGUGGGCAUGAAGUCAGGAAAUUAGCCCUAAAGUGUUGCUAUAAACCUGUUAAGAAAAGAUCAAAGUAUAUGUAGUUUCUUGUCAAAAUAAAAUCAUAAUCCAUACAUAUUUUGUGCCCAUAAGUCUUUUGUCUGCUGAAACUAUCUCAAUGAAAUAAUUCCUAGAUUAUACUUAAAAAAAAAUUACUUGUAAUAUAUACACUCAGUAAUAUUAAAAAAAAUGAUAAAAUGUUCCUUACCACCUGCUACAACCUGUAAAUGGAUUGCAAGAAUGCUGGGUGGUGUGUUAUUGAGAAAGCCAAAGCAUGGAUGAUCUACUAUUGCAGCCAAUUAGGCCUUCAACUCUCUGAAGUUCAUGAGUAUUGUGUCUCCUGCCCCCAGGACUGGCAUUUGAUGUGGACUCUCAAUAUCGGGAGGUUUAGUGAUUCUACCUGUGCAGGAAUGAAAAAAAAAGCACAGUAAAUACCCUGCACAAGCUGUUCAUAUUGUCAAAUCACUGAAUGACAGGGUUGCUAAUUCAGGAGAAACCCUCUAAUAUAGUCAGGAUUCAAUUCGGCAAAUGUGUAGCAAAAGUUCACGAUGAAGGAUGAAUUAAAAGCCAUAACAUGUAUUUAUUUGUAAAGCAACUUUUUUUAAAAGAAUCUAGUCGAGUGUUAAUGCAGUGGCUCUGUCCCAAAGGUUGUACUUUAUUAGGUAUAUCAGAUGAUAAGGCUGCACUGGCAAUUUCCUUUCUUUAUGACCUUAAAAUGAAAUUAUUUUGUGCAAAUGUAUAAACUCCAAAUGCAAAGCCAUUUCUGGCUCAGGAUAUUUUAUUUGUGGAUCUCUUUCCCACUUUGUGCGGCCUAUUUUUUUUGUAAAAAAAAUGUUGUAUUGCCUUUCUAUGAUUUGGUAUUUAGCAAUACGCUUAGGUAUGAAUUAAAUACCAGAUCUUGGGAAGAACUGGAAAUGUAAUUUAAUAAGUUGGCAAACUGCCCACUCACAAAAGCAAACUGAUCUGUAUUCCUUUAUGAUUUUCAAUAUUUUAUGUAUCAUUUAUAUUACUGUAAGCUUUUAUCAUCAUACUUAGUUUUAUUUUUAUGCAUUGAAUAAAAUGUUAUUUGGUUUUCUAUAUUAAAACAAUAUCAUCUAUUGUCUUUCAGUUAUAAAUCAUUUUAGCUCAGGGGCAUCUUGAA